AUGAUGAUUGGUAUGGCUUUGGAUAUAGCUGGACUGGUUAUGGCCACCAUUUGCAUUCUACUGCCCACUCCAUACACUUCUUUGUUCGUUUCCACCGUCAUUCAUAUAAAUGCAGGUAUAGCCAACUUCCUUUGUAUUAUCGUCUUCAUGUCAGCGGUAUCGAAGGAGGUCGGUAACAAAAUUCAUCCUGCCAGCGAAAUGGAUGAUCCGCUGUUCCAUUUCGAAUAUGGAUUCUCGUUUAUCCUACUCAAGAGCUCGUUCCUCCUAACGGAGCUAGCGGCACUUUUCUCGAUUGUCGUCUACAUGGCUAAGCGAGACGAGCGCACAUUCAAUCGAUACAAAAUUCGAAGCCUCCUGAACUUUUGUGGAGGAUCGCUUAGCGAUAAGACUGAUUCGGAAUUGAUUCAGGAAAGCUGCAACAACGCACCAACGCGAUAUAAAAGAGGACGGCGAGCAGGGAUAUGUAGUCCAGCGCUAUCAGAUCGUACUUCACUUGACAUAAUCGCAUCACCACCAUCAAAACGAUCUGACAACAAGAAGAAUUCCAUUCAACAACCUGGAGCUUUAUUUCUUCCAGGAUUUGGAACGAGCGGCUUCAUGAGGAACAAGUCGCCGGAAAACGUUCUCAAUGAAGACGAUGAUGUGAAACUCUAA